UAAUAAUUAUUAAAAGUAAAACUACGGGAACGUUUAAUUUCUUUAAUUGCAUUCGUUGCUAACGAGUUUAAUACAAAUCAAGUCGCAAAAGAGGAUCAAACGUAAAGUUAUUAUUUAACGGUUUAACGAUUAUAUGAAUGACAAGACACUGUAUCAUAGAUACCUAAAGGUAAAAUGAUAUAAACAAAGUAUUCGUUACGAUAUUUCGGAACGGAUCUGUCCACGAACACGUGGAGAAGCUCGUGAAGAUUACUUGACAGUAACGAUGACGACAAAACUCUCUCUAAGCUCGAUCUCUGCACCUAAUGCUCUCGUCGCACUGUACUGUUGUGUAUCUCGAGGGAAGUCACAAUGCCCAAGCACUUCGCACGGUCACUUUGCAGAAAUUUCACACAGUGUACAAAAAGAAAAAAUCUCUUUUCUUUGCUUUUCUAUCGUUCUUAAUCACCGCCUUGUUGCAACAGAGAACGCAAGAUCACGAGAACGAUUCAAAGGCAAUGCUAUAUGUAUACCGUUCGGUUGUUCUCCGAUGCAUUGUCCUUGGGUUUUGUCGAUUUCAGGGAAGGAAGCGAGACCUUUGGCGGAUUGUCCGGGAUGCUGCGACAAAUACUCUCACCUUCGCCCGAGACGGGAGAUAUCGGUUUACCCGUCAGUUGUACCUUGCUUCAGAACAGCUCUAUAUUCUCCAAUCAGUCGUCGAUGAUGCCUACGACGUACCAAACCGUCCAUUCCCACAUGCCGUCCAUGUGUCCCGAUCAGAAUCUCAUGGAUCACGUACAGAUCAUCGUCGAGUCCCAUCCGUGUCCCACUUGCGGGCUCGAGUUUCGAAGCUCGCUGAAACUGAAUUAUCACAUAAGAACCAGCCAUACCGCUUUGCCAGAAUUCGAUCACAAUUUAGAGAACCCGGUAAGGUACUCGUGCAACGUUUGCUCGCGGAGUUUCUUCGCCCUGAGUCACCUGAGGAUGCACGAGGUGACGCAUUCGGCGCCCGCGACCUCUUGCGCGCCGGUACCGACGAUAUCGACGUCGAACGUCGAAAAAACGUUCGCCUGCGAUCGUUGCCAGGCCAGCUUCCGUUACAGAACGCUCCUGGAGCGUCACAGAAGGAUGCACGAGGUCGGACAGGAGAAGCCAUACUCCUGCCCCAGGUGUCUGAUGCGCUUCGAGACGCGAAAUCUGUAUAAUCAUCACGCGAAAACACACAAGCCGAUUCUGCCGGGCAACGAUAGAAUCAUCGAUACCGUUGUUUCUCACGGUGAUCCGGUCACCAGCAGUAUUAGCGGCACCGUGGCGUCGUCGAACAAAUCGAUAGUCUCGUACCCGUGCGACUCGUGCUCGAAGCAAUUUGCCAGCAUCGAGUCUUUGACCACGCAUAAGGCCGUGCACAGGUCCAGACCGCUUGUUUGCGACGUCUGCGGCAAAGGUUUCACGCAUCGCAAAUAUUACGUGGUGCAUCAACGCAUCCAUACCGGGGAAAGACCGUAUCUUUGUGCCAUGUGCGGGAAGUCGUUUACACAGGCGUCCACGCUUACCGUCCAUCGUCGAUAUCAUACCGGUGAAAGGCCUUAUACCUGCACACUUUGCGGUAAAGGAUUCGUUACCAGAACGAUUAUGCUUAAUCACAUGAAAAAACACUGAAGAGCUCUGGGUUCGGUAGGUUCUGCGAGGAGAUAAUUGUUAAUGCACAUUUGAAUGUGCGAGACACUGAUUCAUGCUUUGUUACAGAGGUUGAUUAUUUCUUUAAGUUGGGAGUUAGUUUAUCGUUGAUUAAAAGUUUAAUCUGUUAUAGUCACAAAACGGUGGAAACGUUCAAUACUCGUAUUUGUUUCUAGUCGGCAAUAGGAAUAGAGUGUUAGGAUAAACUAGAUAGGGAAAUCGAAAUGUUUUCUUUCCAUGUGUUCGUAUCGCAUUUUUGACGACUUUAGUUAGAAAGAUAAAUUUUGUUUAACGAACUCGGCGAUAGCUUGUUUAUUAUAAAAUUGGAUGUUAGAUUGCUUAAAAAUUAAUAA